CCGGGGCUGGGUGAAGCGGGAAGAGCGCCGGUGGGCGGGCCUGGGCGGCCAUGUGCUCGGCGUUGCCCGGGGCUGGCGGAUGGCUGUCGCUGCGCGUCUCCUUCGUGGAAGUGCACCCGGCGGGCCCGCUGGUGAGGCUGUGGGGGACGUGCGGGGAGCAGCGGCGGCGGGAGGAGUACGCGCGCCUGGCCCAGGAGCUACAGGCCAAGGCCGGGCCCCGCCUCUCGGCUCUCUCCCCGCCGCUGGCCUUGGCCGAGCUGUGCCUGGUGGAGCGGGGCGGGCGCUGGCUGCGGGCCCGCGUGGUGGGCUGCCCCGGCGGCUCUGGCGAGGACUACCGCGUCUUCUUGCUGGACGAGGGCCGCACGGUGGGCGCCGAGGCCCGCUGCCUGGCCCACGGGCCCGAGGAGCUCUUCCGCCUGCCCUCGGAGGUGCUGGGCUGCGUGGUGGCUGACCUGGUGCCCGCCGGCUUCCCUGGGAGCGGCCUGUGCUGGUCUCCGGCCGCGCGCGACUUCCUGUCCCGCCUGCAGGGCCAAGAGGCCGUGGGCCUGGUGCGCGAGGUGCUGCUCCCCGAGGGCCUGGUGGUGCUGGAGCUGCCCUGGCUGCUGGCCCAGAUGCAGCCCUACGGCCUGGCCAGCCUGCUCGCCCCUGGCGCCUUCCGCGCCCUGCUCCAGGCCUCUUUGGCCCCUCCUGCGCCCCCGGCCCUGCCCUCUGCAGCGCCACCUGCUCCACCUCCUGCUCCAGCUCCUCCUGCUCCUGCUCCCUCACAGAGCCCCGAGCCCGCCAACUACUUCUACCCCCGGCUGGAGCUAGACGUGACGGAGCCCGUUAUCAUCACCCAGAUCUCCGACCCGCACCGCGUAUACUGCCAGUUGCGGAGCUUUUCCAAGGAGAUCCAAGUCCUCUCUGAGGGCAUGUGCCAGGCUUUCCGAGACAGCCAUCAAGAGGAGCCCUUGCCCAAGCCGGGCUCUACUUGUGCAGCACGAGGCAUUGACGGGUGCUGGUACCGGGCCCUGCUCCUGGAGACCUACUUGGGUACCAAAAAACGGCCGGAGGCCGCGGCCCAAGUCAUCUGCGUGGACUAUGGGAGGAAGGAGUUUGUCACCCAAAGGAACCUGCGCCGCUUGCCAGCGGAAUAUUUCCGCAUGCCAGUCAUGACCUACCCUUGUUCCUUGCAAGGCAUUACAGAUCGAGGGGCCGGCUGGUCCCUUUCACAAAUCAGCGAGCUGAAGAUGCUGCUACUAGGGAAGGUGGUGCAAGCACGAAUCGAAGCCUAUUGCCCUUUUGAACACCUUUACUAUGUCACUCUGUACAGGGAAGAUGGCCUCAACCUUAAUUGCCUCUUUGGGGUGCAGGCCCAUUGUUUGGCCCAGAGCCUUCUGCACAGCACUCAAGAAUACACCUCUGACUUGAUGACCGAACUGAAGAGUGUCAGUACCCCGGGCCAGAUUGAAAAACCUGGCUCUUUGCUGGGCAUGCUGUCCACACUUACUGCCGACCCGCUCCCUGUGGUCCAUCUCAAGGCAGGGGAGCACCACAGUGUUCAAGUGACCUUUCUCCGUGACCCUACUGAAUUUUGUGUGCACCUCCAAGAGCAUCGCCAGCCCCUCUGUCGUCUGAAGCAAAACUUAAAUGAUUUCUACUCUCAGACUAAGAAACUGGAAGGUAUUCUGCUUGAGCCCAAGCCAGGUUCACUAUGCUGCGUUAUGUUGAAGGAAAACUCAUAUCACCGUGCUCUUGUCACCAGAGUGGAGGGGAAAGGCAUUGAAGUAUAUUUAGUGGACAAGGGGAAUUCUGAAAUUGUGGAUUUGUAUAAAGUGAAAGAACUGCUUUCUCAGUUCAGAGAACUUCCUGCUGUGGCUCUCAGAUGUACAUUAGCUAAUCCUUCUCCAGGUCAAGCGUGGAGCCUAAAUGCUGUUGAUUAUUUUAGGAAAGCUGUUCUAAACAAGAAACUGGUCAUCAAAGUCCUAGGCAUGCAAGGAACCAUCUAUGAAGUAGAACUUUUUGAUCAUGCCCUGAAAGGAGAAAAAAACCUAGGCAAAAUUAUGUCCCAGGGAUUAUACACUAAGCAUCAUGAGAAUGUGCAAGUAGAGAAAGAUCGUAAGAUGAUAGAUUGGCCCUUAUUGGGAGGUUCUCAAGGAGAAAGCAUUCUGCAUCAGUCUGAUAAAGGCACUUGCUAUUUAUACCACAGAGAAAUUGCAGAAAAAGAUUCUAAUGUUUUCCCAAAUCCUUCAGCCUACAAUCUGCAAAACUACUCUGAAAUAACACCAGGAUUGUAUUGUGAAGAGCAGCUAAAAGUUGGAAGUACAGUAAAUGUGGUAGUAUCCUAUACAGAAUCCCCUAGUCUCUUCUGGUGUCAAUUAGCUAAAAACACCCAUGAUCUGAAGGCUCUUAUGGCUAAAAUUCAGGAUUAUUGUAUUCAUGCAGUCCAGCCCCUUGACUGGCCAAUUCCUGUAUGUCUGGCAAAGUUUUCUGAAGAUAACAAAUGGUAUAGGGCCCUUAUCAUUAGUAAGGUCAACUCUGCAGAAGAGGUGGAAGUUGUCUAUGUUGACUUUGGAAAUAAAGAACAUGUUUCACUAAAGGAUGUUCGUGCAACAAAGGAAGAAUUUAUGAAAAUGAAAGCCCAGGCUUUUAGAUGCAGCCUUUACAACUUAAUUCAGCCAAAGAGUCCGGAUCCUUUUGUUUGGAGUGAAGAAGCUAAUGAAGCUUUUCAGGAAUUUUUGGAUUCAGCAAAGAAAACAGAACUAAAAUGCACUAUAUUUGCUUUAGCAUCAUUAAAUAGUACAGAUCUCUUUAAUAUUGUGGAUUUAAUUACACCAUUUGAAAGCUUCUGCCAUUUUUUAACAAGAAAGGGUUUAGCCAGAUCUGUGCAUCCUCAAAACCCCCUGAUACCAUCGGUUCAUCUCAUCUCAUACUAUCAUUCAACACAUGACAUCAAAAUAGGAAGUGAAGAAAAAGUUUAUGUUACUCAUGUCAAAGAUCCUUGUUUCUUUUACUGUCAGCUUGCUAGAAGUGCAGAUGUUCUAGAACAGCUCACUAAAAGCAUUAGUAAGCUCAGUAAAACCUGGCACAGUUUGCAAACAUCACAGGCCCCUGGAAGUGUGUAUCUUGCAAAGUUUACAGAUGGCUGUUGGUAUAGGGCAGUAGUAAUUUCUUCAAAGACAAACAAAGAGGUUUUCUUUGUUGAUUAUGGAAAUACACAGUUAUUGAAGAAUGAAGACCUGAUUGUAGUACCAAAUGAAGCUUUUGAGAUACUCCUCUUGCCAAUGCAAGCCAUAAAAUGCUGUCUGUCUGAUAUUCCUGCUGAGGUAUCAAAAGAUGCUGCUGAGUGGUUUGAAAAAAGUGUUCAAAAUAAGCCCUUAAAGGCUUUGAUUGUAGCAAAAGAACAUGAUGGGAAACUAAUAGUUGAACUAUAUGAUGGUAAAAUUAAAAUAAAUUCAAAGUUGAAAGAGGUGAUGGGUUUGCGGAGCAGUCAAGGAAUUUUCCAUUAUGUUGAAAACCAAGCUUUAUCUAAAAAUUCACCCAAAAGAGAAAUACAAACUGAAAAAAGACCAUCUUUGAUAAGUACUGUUAAACCUGUUUCAGAGAUCAAGAGAUCGUGCACUGGAAGUAAGGAAAUACUGGAUAAUACGAAACAUGGUUCUUGGAAUAAAGAAGGAAGACAAGUGCAGCUGAAAACAGAAAAGAUGACAAGAUUUCCUGAGCUAGUGGAAAGAAUUGAUAAAAAUGAUAACGUAGCAACUACGAAGGACAGUAGCUGUGUACCUCUGAAAACAGAGAAACCUAGUGAUAAAAACAGAUGUCAAAUUAAAACUAAGAUGUGCUCUUCAUUUAAAAGCAUAUGUGAUCUAUCUCAAAAAACCAUAAAACCUGGUCUUAAAACUUCAGUGUAUAUUUCUCAUAUAAAUCAUCCUUCUGAUUUUUAUGUUCAGCUAGUAGAAGAUGAGCCAAUGAUUAACAGCAUUUCAGAGAAAUUGAACAAUUCUGGAAGAAGUGAGAGCUUAACUGGGGAGCAGCUUCAUAUUGGGGACUUACUAUGUGCAAUGUUUUCAGAAGAUGGCUUAUGGUAUCGAGCUGUGGUCAAUGAAAAGCCUUCUGGUGAGUUGGUGACUGUUCGGUUCAUUGAUUAUGGGAACACUGCAGUAAUUAGUAUCUGCAAAACCAGGAGACUUCUUGGAGAAUGUUCAUCAUUCCCAGCAAUGAGCAUUCAUUGCUCACUGGGUGGAGUUAAGACCCCUCACCAUGUUGAAUGGACACAGGAAGCAAUAUUGAAUUUUUCUGAAAGAGUACAUGAAAUUCAAAUGAACAGUGAAUUUGUGGAGAAAUGUGAAGGCAAAUGGGAAAUUAUUCUUAGUGAUGAAAAAGGAAAUAUAACCGUGGAUUUGAUUCGUGGUUACCUUACAAACCAAAAGCCUCUGUUAGAAGAAACAUUAGACAAAACAGAGAAUGAGAUUAAUUUGAUAAACCUGGAUGGAGUUGUUUCAGAUGAGCAUAGCAAAUCUUCAUAUGUAUCAGAACCCAGGUUCUUCCACUGGACAAUACCUAAAAUAGGUCAAACUCUGAGCACAUUUUCAAUAAUUGCAAAGGGCCCAGAUUAUUUUUGGUGUCGGUUUACUGAGAUAGGAAAUACUGAUUCAGUUGAAAGAGAACUUCAGAGAGCCGGAGAACUUGAAGGAAUGUGUGUGGAUUAUAUUAAAAGAGGCUGCCCUUGUCUAGUAAAGUGCAGUAAAGAUGAUACAUUUUACCGAGCAGUUGUUAGCAAUUUUGAAGAAAACACACUGACAGUCAUUCGUAUUGAUUAUGGAAUUGAGGAAUGUGUUAAUACAGAAAUGAUCAGGCACAUUUCUGCUGAACUGUUGGCAAUGCCACCUCAAGCAUUUCUGUGUCGUCUCUUUGGAUUUAGUGCAGAAAACGGUUCAUGGACAGAAGGAGUAAAUAAGUUCUUCUGUGAUAAAGUAGCUGACUUUCCAUUAGAAGUCAUAGUUGUAGACAAAAGACCCCAUUGCUUUCUUGAAAUUCCUGUGUUUAUUGUUAAGUUGGAAUGUCGAAACAUAAGCAUCAAUGAGCAAAUGAAAUCAUUUUGGAAAUAUAACAGUGAAGACAGUGGCUCAACUUUAACAAAUAUUCACAGUCCUAAAAAUCAGGUCAAAGAUACAGAAGAUAAUUCAAAUACUGUAAUAUUUGAAAAGGAAACAUUUUGUUCAUUAGUGACUCCCUUGACUACUGGUGAUUUAGAAGAUUUGUUAAGUUAUUCAGAGCUGUUAAAACCUGGAAGUCCUAGUUCAGUUGAUGAGGGGAGCAGAAUUUUAGUGGAAAGGAUUUCAUUAACUUCACCCUCAAAUCAAACCAGGCAUGACUAUACAGCUAUUGAACAGUCGUCUUCAGAUGACUCAGAAGAUUUAUUAGACUUCAUAUCUCUUUCACCAAAUGAUAAUACUCAGAUGCCAAAGAUAGAGGUGUUAGGGGUGCCUUCAUUUGACAGUACUGUAGGGUUGCAAGCAGCUGACAGCCCUUCUUUGGAUGACAAACCACAACAGAGAUUGAAACUGGAUUUGCUUGAAGUGCCACCUGUGGAAGAAGAAUUAGAACAGCAUUCCUUGAGUAAUACAUUAUUGGAUGAACAAGUUGAAACUUCAAGCUGCAAUAUAAAAAAAGAAGAAAAUACUUCCAAUUUAAAGGGAUUUGAUAUUGGUUCCAAAUGCAUGAUUUUGUCGGGCACUCAGUGGUACAAGGCUAAGAUUCUAGACAUAUCACUUGGAGGAAUAAAGGUCUUGAAUCUUUCAACUGGGAAAGAAGAGAUAGUCAGUACCCUUGAACUGGAUCCAAAUGCAACUGAGGAAGAAGAGGCUACUAGUUUAAAUGAAAGCAGUUCUCUUUGUGACAUCUGCACAGAAAAUACAUCGGCAUAAUGGAGUAACCUUUCACUUCGAUUUUACCUAAUUUUGAUAUAGAGAGUAUGAGUUCAGCGGACUAAUUCUGUUCAGACAAGGAACAUCUUGCACUACUAUUUGUUGUAUUGAAAACCUCAUUGGUUAAACACAGGCUUUGUUUUUGAAAUAAUAUGCUUUCAUUGAGUUUUGAGUUUAGUUUAUUAAAAAGCAUUUUUGAAAGCACUGUGGGUACAUAUAAAAGUGUUACUUUUGGUUUAAUGUAGCAAAAAUAAAGUUUGGAGAAAUAACUGA